AUCUACCUCUGUCGAAAACUCCUUUACAUGCAGACUUUCUUUUACAGUCUCUACUAGCUCUUUGUCUUUCAUUAACAUGGCAUCCCCCAAACGCUCUUAAAAGAGAAAACUUCAGGCGGAGAAUCCAACGCUUUGAAAGUCUUUUUAUAGUCUUGAGAGGUUUAUUCAAUUGACGCUAACUCAAUGGCAUCGCUUCAUCCAUCAGAGCUCGACUCCGGAACUACCGAUUCUGUCGCCUCCUCUCCUCGUUCUGACCGCCAUGAUCUCCAUAAUACUUCGCGUGUACGAUUCAUGUGCAGCUUCGGCGGCAAGAUCCUCCCCCGACCUCACGAUAAUCAGCUUCGUUAUGUUGGUGGCGAUACUCGCAUAGUUGCCGUCCACCGGUGUACCACCUUCUCUGCUCUACUCAUCAAGCUCUCAAAACUUUCAGGUGACAGUAACAUUAGCGUGAAGUAUCAGCUGCCUAAUGAGGAUUUGGAUGCAUUGAUCUCGGUCACCACAGAUGAGGAUGUGGAGAACAUGAUGGAGGAGUAUGAUCGUGUAUCACAGAAUCAAAACCCAAGAUCAGCUAGGCUCCGUCUCUUUCUUUUUACUAAAGGUGAUCAUGAUUCCCGAGCCAGUAGUAUCAGCUCGCUCCUUGACGGCGCAGCUAACCGAGAACACUGGUUCUUUGACUCUCUCAAUAGCGGCGCGGGGCUCGAGCGUCGACGUUCAGAGGCUUCCUCGAUCGUGUCUGAAGUACCGGAUUAUUUAUUCGGGUUGGAUAAUUCUGAUGACGCGCAGCCUCGUGAACCAAAACUCAAGUCUCGUUUAGUUUUGCAUGAGAAUGUAUCGGUAUCAGAUCCAGGUUCUCCUGCCCCUGUUGUUUCGUCGCCGUUUUGCUCCACAUCAGCCGCACAUAUUGUUCCAUCCAUGCCGGAUCUUCCUCCGGUUAAGACUAAACCCGAUAACCCGGUUGCGACAAUAGAGUCAAAACGGAGUAGUCAAGGGGAUGGCUAUACAGAGAUAGUGGAGCCACAAACGCAGCCAAUACAGCCAACCGGAUAUUCAGGUCAACCCAUGUGGCAAUAUAUACCGGAUUCUCACUACUCGGGUCCUGCGGUACAACAAAUACCAGUUUAUUAUGUUCCGGGUCCGGUUCAACACGGAAAUGCCUCGAUGCAGCAGUACCCUAUUCGAGCACAGUAUGUUCAUCAAUACCCGGUUCCUGGGGGUCAAAUGCCUGUAGGAUACCAACAGCCAGUUCCGACCUCUAGUCAAAUAUACGGUGGACCUGCAGUGAGUCCUGUGGCGAAGAUGGAUCAUGCAUAUGACCCGGCAAUGAGAGUAGUUUCAUCUGAGGGAGUGAACCAGCAGGUGUAUUAUGGGGUUAGAAAUGCGGGUUUGGUUCAGGGGUAUCAGGGUAUGAUGGUGCCAGGUGGAGAAGAAUUUACAAGGACCGGAUCUGACUUAAAUCCGGGCCGGAUCUCACGGUCCUCUUGAAGGGGGCCGGGUCAUGUGGGUAAAUUACGGCAAAAAGCCUGGUGUGUGUGAUUCUGGUAAUUGCUUUGUGGAUUGUAAUUCAUUUUCAUUUUGUUUGAUGAAAGUGGGAAUGAAAUUUGAUAGAAUUGUACAGGAAGAGAACUCAAAAAUUGGUAUAAUGUUUUUGAGUUGUGGUAUGUAGAGUUAAAAAAUAAUUGUAGUGUUUGAAGGGUCAUGUAUUAAGCCAAAAAGCCAUUCAGGAUUUACCUGUAUGUAUGUAUGUAUGUAUGUAUGUAUGUAUGUAUAUGUUAUCAUCUAAUGGCCGAAGGACUAUUUUCCAUCCAA